UGAUGAUAACUAGACUCAAUGAUUCAAAGUAAGAUGAGAAGUAAUCAUGCUUGUAGGGAAUAACUAAGCCAUUAGAUGAAGAAAAAAAACAUAUCUUAGUUCUUUCAAAAACUUUAAAGAACAUAUCAUAACCAUUUUAGCAUUGAGUUUUUUUUUAAAAAUUUAAUGACUAAACAUAUAGCAUGUGGUGAGCUUAUCAAGGUAAAGCAUAUCAAUCAUUCCCAUCCCAUGCUUUAAAAUGAAGUCAUCAAUGGACUAAAAGAUAGUGAGCCGUGGUAAAAUAGUAAAAGAUAACACCAUGCAAUAGAAUCACAAGCAUAGAUUAUAAAGAAGCAUUCAUACUACAUAAACAUCAAUGACUAUUGCAUAAGCAUCAAAACUAAAAGCACCCACAUGUAGGCAAUAGACACCGAGAUUUACAUAGACAAACACAAGCAUGAGAUGAAAUCAUAGCAUAUUCAUUCACAUAACAAAAUCAAAGUUCACAUCUUCAUGCAAUCAUUUUCGACUAGGCUUCAUAGAAGAAUAUUAAGGUACCACCAUUGAUGAUAACUGCAUCUCCUUAGUUGUAGAUUCUCCUACGAAGACUGGUCUAUCACUCACGCUGAGUGUACAUAGAAUUUGUGUUUUUUUUAGCAUUACUUUUUUUUGGUAGAAAUUUGUAGCCUUACUAAGAUAAUGGAUCAAGCCCUCAGGAUAAGAUCUCAACCUAAAUCGUCCUAAAAUAACUAGAAAAGAGUCUCCUAAACCUUGUGUUCUAAGUAAAAUUCUCCCACAAGGAUUAGGAUUUGUGGCGGUAGUGUGACAGUUGGAACCGCCGCUCUUUUUUUUUAGGUUGGUUGGGAUCCUUUGACAUUGGACGACUCCUCCUUGAAAUUUGUGAGCAUCUUGAUGUAUCCUUCAUAGAGGUAGUUGGACACAUUGUUGGGCCUCCACUUGUUCUUUCUUCAGAUUGGGUGAGUCUUCCUCCUAUGUGUUUGUCAUGUGAUUAUAUAACAACCUAUUAUACUUCUCCUUCGUUGGGCCACUUAUUUCUCACGAAAGCUCCUUAUUCUUUAUUGUACAGAUACUUUGGUUCUCCAAAGUUUUCCAAUGCUUGAUCCAAUUAUUCUUAGGUUGCUUUGUACCUUCAAAACCAUCAAAACAGGUGCCAAAUAUUUCACCGAAGGCUUAGAUUGAGAUACCACAAUGAUGGUGGCCGAGUGCUUCAAAUAUGGGGCAAGGCCACAUCAAGGUUGAUUUUCCACUAUGGGGAAGAGAACAAGCAAUGACAGCAACCUGGAGUUGCAUUGACGAUGACAAGGACGAUUAUUAGGACAUCCAUGGAAAAAGGAUGUGUGCUUAAUGGCUAUUGACGAUUUGUCCCUCGACAAUCACAGCAGGCCAUCGGAGGUAAUUAAAACUUCUGAUUUUUGUGACAGUGAUGAUUAUCCUUUAACUACCACUAUUAGGAGCAUUCAAUGUUAAUUUUCAGCAGUUACAAUUACAUAUAGCAAACUGAAAGAGGAAUGCAGCGAGGCUAAGAAUAAAAAUGACAGCUUGCACCAACAGAUUGAAGAAUACAAACUUAAGUGCAAUGAUGUAACUAACAAAGUGGAUACAUUAGAAACUGAAAAAGUUAAAUCACUCGCACAUUUAAGAGAAUUCAAACGAAAGAAUGAUGGUGGUUCUAGCACUUAACUUAGAUCUUGUUCGAGGGCUCCCUAAGAUUGAAAAAAAUAGAAUUCUUUUGUGAUGCUUGCGCCAAAGGGAAGCACACUAAGUCAGGUUUUAAAAGCAAACUUGUGAUUUCCACUACUAAACCUCUUAAGCUGCUUCACCUAGACUUGUUUAAUCCAACUAAUGUGGUAAGCUAUGGAGGUAAGAGCUAUAUGUUUGUUAUAGUAGAUGAUAUUCUCAAUUCACUUGGGUUCUUUUCUUGGCUAGAAAGGACGAAUGCUUACCAAGAAACUAUAUAUCGAGAAACAACGUAGGAUAGUUGGGAUUAGAAGCUAUCACAAUGGUGAGUUCAUCUCUUAUAGAUUUUAUUCUUUCUGCAUAUACCAGGGGAUACAUCAUAACGUCUCUGCCCCUAGGACUCCUUAACAAAACGAAGUAGUAGAACGGAAAAAUAAGACUCUAAUUUAAAUAUUCUGAACCAUGUUAAAUAAUAAUCUUCCCAAAUACUUAUGGGCUGAAGCUGUGAACACUGCUUGCUAUAACAUAAAUAGAGCCCUAAUUUGGUCUAGGAUACUUCCAUCCAUUUGGAUGUAGAUGGUUUGCGUUAAACACUAAAAACAGUCUUGGUAAGUUUGAUGUCAAGUCCCAUGAGGCAGUGUUUCUUGGCUACUCUAAUGUGAGUAGUGCCUAUAAAGUUUUUAACCAAAGGACCCUCAAAGGUGCGGUUUUGCCACACAAACCGCACCCCCCAAGUGCGGUUUGUGUGUCAAUUAUUUUUCGAAACCAGACAAGCAGCCAUGCAGAUUCACAGACGUGGGGCUGCAUGGAAGAUGAAAAACGCACCUCUAAGGUCCGGUUUUCAUUGAUGAUUUUGCCUAUAAAAGGUAGCCGGGAAAUCUUCUCUUCACACCUCUCCUUCUCCCUUUUCAAUUUUCUAUUGUAGCUCCAUAUUUCUCUAGUGUUUUUGCGGUUAACCUUAACUCGUAAGUUUUUUUUUUGUAUUACUUUUUAUUGUGAAUUGUGAUUUGUAAUUUUUAUGAUAUUAGUUGAACUACUGUUUUUUUUUUUUUUUUGCAGAUGGCAUUCUAAAAGUUCACGCUUGGGUUACGGUGGAAUGGUUACACGGAAGAGAGCGGAAAGGGGGUCAACUAUGUCGGUGGCAAUUUUCAGAAAAUAAAGGUCGCUACCACACAGAUGCUUGAAGACCUCUAUCAAAUGUGUACUAACGUUACUUGCAUGUAAGGGUUUUUCUUAUAACUAAAUUAAUUAAAUUAAAUUAUUUAACUUCAAGCAGAAUUUUAUUAUCAUAAAAAUACAUUUCAUAUAAUUAACAUAAUAAAAUUCGAAAUCAAUAAUAAUUUAAAGAGAUACAUACAUAUUAUCAUAAAACAAACAUCCUAAAUUAAUUAACAUAAUAACAUUCUAAAUGAAUAAUAAUUUAAAUAGAUACAUACAUAUUAUCGUAAAAAAACAUACUAAAUUAAUUAACAUAAAUAACAUUGUAAAUGAAUAAUAAUUUAAAGAGAAACAUACAUAUUCAAAUGUUUGAAAUUAAUAAAAUUCAUUUUGUACACAUAAAAAUAAAUAGUAUUGGUUGUUUGGUAAAUAAUUUAAUCAUAUUGGUUGUUUCCAAUAAUUUAAUCGAAUACAGAGCAACACUCGUUAGACUCUUAGAAGAGGUAUACAUCUUCUUAGAAACACAGUCUUUUUGACAGAAAAAGGGGGGAUCCGAGGAUCUCUUAAUACCCGAUUUUCCCAGGGAAUGGGAGGAUAUGAUAAUCGCUUAAAACCCCAUUUCCUUAGACCGCACCUCGGCGCAGCGGUCCUCGAUCCGUGGCAAGGAUCGCUGACCUGGCAAGCGGUCCGCCACUGGAUCACAUCUUCAUCCUGCGGUCCCAAAGGCCGCUGCCCACCAAACACAGAACGCACCUCCAAGGUGCGGUUUAUACAUAAAACGCACCUGGAAGGUGCGGUCUAUUAAAAAUGGUGUUAUUAGUGUAAAUUUUUUUCGGCUGGGUGCUAGUUUUGUAAUUUUUUUUAAAGGUGCUUUAUUGGAAAAAUCCCUGGAAAUAGCAACAUCUUUACUUAAACUGGAGUUGCUGCCCGUAAUGAUAAUUAAACAGAAAUUUCCAGGUGCGGUCUAUUAAAAAUGGUGUUAUUAGUGUAAAUUUUUUCGGCUGGGUGCUAGUUUUGUAAUUUUUUUAAAGGUGCUUUAUUGGAAAAAUCCCUGGAAAUAGCAACAUCUUUACUUAAACUGGAGUUGCUGCCCGUAAUGAUAAUUAAACAGAAAUUUCAACAGACUAAAAUGUGGACAAGGCAGAAACACAAGAACUCCAUCCACCACUUCACAGAACCAAAAGACAUCCUCCCACAUUGGUAAUAGGUAAGCUAUACAAAGGUAUGACCACUCGAUCAAAGGCUUCAUCUAUUCACACUGCGUUUGUCUCAUUGAUUGAAUCUAAAUCCGUAGCACAGGCUUUGUUAGAUGAUUUAUGGUUAGAUUCCACGCACGAGAAAAUUAGCCAGUUUGAAGAAGCAAACGUUUGGGAACUUAUUCUUAAACCAGCUUAUGUAAAUGUCAUAGAAACCAAAUGGAUUUAUAAAAACAAAUCAAAUGACAUAGGAGAGAUUUUCUUAAACAAAUCCUGCAUUGUAGCUCAAGCUUACUGCAAAGAGGAAGGCAUAGAUUUCAAGGAGUCUUUUGCCCCCGUAGCUAGAUUAGAGGGUAUCAUAAUGUUGUGUUCCUUUUCUAGUUCAAAUGGUUUUAAACUUUUUCAAAUGGACGUGAAAAGCACCUUUCUAAACGGUGACUUAAAAGAGGACAUCUACGUGUCUCAACCUCAAGUUUUUGAAGGCUUCAAAUUUCUAAAUCAUAUUUACAAAUUAAAUAAGGUUCUUUAUAGUAUGAAACAAGCUCCUAGAGCUUAGUACGAUAAACUGAGCAAUGUAUUAAUUAGUAAUGAUUUACACAGAGUUUCAAAGGAAUUUUUAUUAGUCAAAGCAAGUAUCUUAGUAACAUGCUAAAGUAAUUUGAUCUAGGCAAUCUGAAACCGGCUUCUACUCUCAUGGUUACCAAUGUGAAAUUAGAUAAGGAUGAAUCUAGAAUUAGCAUAAGUAAAAAGCUUUAUAGAGGCAUGAUUGGCUCUUUGCUAUACUUGACAGCCAACCGAUCAAACAUUAUAUUUGUCGUGUGUGUGCGCCCGCUCGGUUUAAUUCCUAGCCUAGAUAGAAAUAUGUCACUAGAAGGAGUAUAGUAUACUCUAAGACUACAACAGUCUGACCCAUAUGUGUACAUUAGCUUAGUGAAAGAUAAGAAAUUAGGGGGGAAAUAGUGAAAUGAUAAAAUGAUGUGAAAAGUUGUGUACAAAAUCCUCCAUGGCAAAAAAAUUACCCGCUACGAUGCAACUUUAUGUAUUUCUAUUCGUACUUUUCCUUGCUUCUCUUGAAUAAUGUUGUCCAUAUGUA